AUUUUGCAGAGUGAGUGAGAUUAUAAAAUCCAAACUCUAAUUAAUUAUAUUUUUUAUAUUAUUAAAAAUAUUUUACUUUAAAAACAAAAUAAUAUAUUUGACUUUAUUUGCAUUAAAUUCAACAUGAUUGCUCAAUAAACCCUUCAAAUUUGUUUAGCUGAAAAACCUAAUCAAGGUUAUAUUAUAUGGGAUCAAAUUUAACACACAAAAAUAGCCGAUCAAAAAUUAGGACCUGAUGUGCAAAAUUGAAGGGCUCUUGAGUCUCUAGGUCAAGAAGUGUUUCAGGAAACAUACAAAUCAUAGAGUCAGCCUGUUCAAUAGUAGUAGCUUUAAGUUUUCAGUAAGCACUACUGACCUCAGGUGAAUGCCACGUUUCGUCUUGGCGCAGAAUCAUAUUCUGUUGAGGCAGCCAAUGGUUCUUCAUUAUCAGAGCAACUAGUUAACAUGAAAGAACAUAGCAUGUCCGUAUUGAAGGAUUUCAUAACAAAGCAUAAUGUUCCUCAAGAUGUUUCGGGUGAGUUGUUAGAAGAUUUAGUAAUGACUCCAUACCACAACACCGUUUCUUUUCAACCACUGGUGGAGGAAACAACUAUCUCAGUUCACAAGCCGCCACCGGAAAUCUGUAUUCCGUUUGAUCUCGUGAAAGAAAUCUUGUGUAGACUCCCAGUGAAAUUCCUCCUACAAUUCCGUUGCGUCUGUAAGUCGUGGAAUUUUCUAAUCUCAAAUGAUCCCAAAUUCGCCAAAAAACACCUUCACAUGAUGUCAACAACCAAACACCACUACCUCCUCACAACCACAUGGAUCAUCGCAAAAGAGUUAGAGGUAAUGUCUUAUCCAUUCGAUUCUCUUCAACUCGACUCAAUUUUCACCUCCAAUCCCACACAACUCGAUUACUCUCCCAUUAUUCCAACAUCCAACGAUGGCCUCGUUGCUUCUUGCGACGGUCUCCUUUGUUUCGCCAUUAAUCAACGUCUCGCUGUUCUCUAUAACCCUUGCAUUAGAAAAAUAAAGAAAUUACCCUUUAUUGAUCUUCCACGAGUACAAGGUUCAACUGUAUAUGCUUUUGGAUAUGAUCCUUUCAUUGAUAAUUACAAGGUUGUUGCUGUUUUUUGGUAUGGUUCUUAUCACAGGGCUUACAAAACUCAAGUUGAAGUUCAUACUUUGGCACCAACUCUUGGAGAAGGAUUAAGGACUUCCCUUCUAAUGUUCGUUUGGAACGACAUGGAAUAUUCGUAAGUGGCACGGUUAAUUGGUUGACAUAUUGUUAUUUAAACGGUUUUAAUGGGUUGCGUUCCAUUGUUUCUCUUCAUUUGGGGAAGGAAUCUUAUCAAGAGAUACCGCAACCUCAUUAUGGAAAUCUGAAUAAGUUAACCUUGGGUGUGAUGAGGGAUUGCUUGUGCAUUUUUUCUCGAGAAAGUCACCACUCUUCUACUGAUGUUUGGCUUAUGAAGGAAUACGGAAAUAAAGAGUCUUGGAUUAAAUUGAUUCAUCUUCCUUACUUUGGUGAUUUUGGUUUUGCUUAUACCAGGAUAGUAUAUAUUUCGGAGGACGACAACCGUGUGCUGCUUGUCUUUAGAGAGGAUCGUAAAUUGAAGUGGACUGUUUAUGAUUCAAAAAAUGAUACUAUAAAGAAUUUGAAGAUUCAAGACUUGAGUUGGGUAGAAUCAGAAGUCUAUGUUGAAAGUUUGAUAUCACCUUGAUUAUAAUAUUAGGAUGUAGAUGAUGUGCUACAUCACUUGAGAAUGAGAUUCAUUCCUAACUUUUAUGUUUAUUUUUUGUUUAUCUUUAUUUGAUUUUAUAUUUGUUCCAAGUGUUGGCAACUUCAUGUAUCAUUGUUAGUUGAUUAAUAGUGAGUAAAAUUUGAAGCUUGAGAAAUUGCUUUGUUA